AUGUCUGCUACAUUUGCGCCACAGCGUGGCCCCAAGCCUCCUCCCGACAGUAAAAGCCUUCAAAAGCUUUUGGACGAAAACGGACAUUUGAUUCAAGUUAUACAAGAACAUCAAUCAAAGGGCAAAUCGCAGGAAGCUAUACAAAUGCAGUCACAAUUACAUAGAAAUCUGGUAUACUUGGCAACGAUAGCUGAUUCUGCACAAAAUGUUACAGCUUUAUUACCAAUGAUUCAGUCAACAGGACCUGCACCUCCUCAGCAACCUAACCACAACCCACCACCUAAUGAUCAACAACAUAAUAUGAAUAAUUUUAAUCAUCAACAGCAACCAGCUGCCCUUAAUUACAGGCAACAACCAGGCCCACCUCAACGUCCAGGUGGUCCUCCAGCUCCACACCCUUACCAACAGAGGGGCUAUCCACAAGGACAAUACCAAAAUCAGUAUCCACCACAAGGUCCCAAUUAUCCUCCUCAACCACCCUAUGGGGCUCCUCCAAAUCAACCACCGGGAUAUCCCCCAAAUGCUCCACAAGGCAAUUAUGGUCAACCACCAACAACUGCUGCUCCACAUACAAAUUAUCAACAACCAGGUUAUGGUACUCCUCCUCCCGCUUCAGGAGGUGCUUCACAGCCUAGUCCAGCUCCCGCUCCAUAUCAACCUCCAGCAACGCCUGCACAGAACCAACCUGCUCAGUACGGAGCUCCUCCAAAUGGUGGACAUUACCCAGCUGGUAAUCCUCCACAAAAUUACCCCCCACAAGGUUAUCCAAAUCCGCAGGGAUAUGCUCCUCCUUCAACAAACCAGCCCAAUCCUCCUCCACCUCAGAAUUAUUCUGCUAGUAAUACUCAGGCGCCACCUUUUUCGUCGCCCCCAACGAACAAUCAGAGCCCUGCUGUGACAUCUACUCCUCCAACUUCACAGCCUUAUCAACAACCUCCAUUCCCGCCCAAUUCGCAGCAAAGUAAUCCGGGCUAUACUUCUCCUCCAAACCAAGGAUAUCCGCCAGGCCCUGGUGGCCCACCAAGUAACUAUGGUUAUCCCCCUCAACCCGGAGGUUAUCCACCUCAGCCGCAGUAUGCUCAACAGCCACAGAACAAUUACUACAGACCACCGGCAGCGCAAGGUCCGCCCGGAGCCCCUCCUCAAGGUGGAUAUCCAUAUAACUAUCCUCCACAGCCAAAUCCACAAUAA